AUGCACCACCAUGGCGCCCCUCUACUGGAGAUCAACGAGACUGAAAUCUUACAAUUGCACGCCCCUACCCCUCCGUCGUACUACACGAGCGACUUUGAGGACACUAAUCCCGAUACCCCUCGCUACCCUGCCCUCAUCGCUCUCCACGUUGUUUUCAUGACCUCAGCCUUUUUCUUCGCCCUCCCAGCACGUAUAGCACUACGUUCAGUGAAUCAUUCUUGGACAGGGCUGUCCGCUCUGGCAUUUUAUGGCUUGAAUGCACUUGGUUGCGCUGCGAGCGGUCUGUACAGAAAGCUGACUCCGGAUAUGUACGAGGGCGCCAAACAUGCCUCACACGGAUAUGUUGUCCUUUUCCUAAGCCUUGCUCUUUCGGCAAUCGACAUCACCGCGUUUUUCCUCCGCCUGUAUCAGCAUAUCCGCCGCGGAGAGAAAGUGUCCAUGAAAUCAUUCUGGCGCCGCAUCAUCCUCGGACGCGAUGAUGAUUUCGCCUCCUCUUCUGAGUACUUGGGUCUUGUUUCCGAAGAACCAGACGAGUACGAGGACGUGGCAAUGAAGCCUUCCAGGGCCAUGGAGCCGUUGAAUCUUGCGGAUCCAAUGGAAGAGGGUCACUGGGCCACUGAGCAUCGCACAGGCCCUCAUCAUCGCAUGCAGUCUGCAUCAUCGGAGAGAACGCUGUUUGGCCUUCAUUCUCCCAAGGAUUCCAGACAGUCGCAAGACACCUUGCACGACAUCUCCGCGCCCAAUCACAUUCGCCCUUUGUCUUUGUUUUCAAAGAUAUCCAAAGUAGGGGCAAUUGCAUAUAACCUGUUUGAACGCGGUCUCGUCUUUGCAGGGUUCGGCAUGAUGCUGACAGGGAUCGUGGUUUAUACUGGUGGUUGCCGCGAGAACUACGUCAAUGGAUGCCUAGCCCAUCUGAUCAAGGGCGGCAUCUUCUGGUGCUAUGGUAUCGUCACCUUUGCUCGAUUCCUUGGAUCGUUUUCAGAGCUCGGAUGGGCGUGGAACAUCUCCCCAUCAGGAGAUGGUGUCUCAGCUGAAUUCGUAGAAUCGCUCGUCAUUUUCCUAUACGGCAUCACGAACACUUGGAUGGAACGGUUUGGCGCUCAUGCUGGCGACCCUUACACUACGAAGCAAGUGCAGCACAUCAGUAUUGCGGUGAUGUUCUGGUUUGCUGGUCUGGUGGGUAUGGGCAUUGAGUCAAAGCGCGUUCGUCGCUGGCUGGCGGCGUCCGCUAUUGCCUCAUCUUCCGCUCGAAGCGAAGCGGAGGUUUCGGAACCACCGAGCUACCGGGCUAGCUUCAACCCCUUCCCUGCGCUCGUUAUUGGCGUCACUGGUGCCGCUAUGAGCGCCCAUGCUCAGACUUACCUCUUCCAGGUUCAAAUCCAUCAGCUCUGGGGCUGGCUUCUCCUUGGCUUUUCUGCGCUGCGCUGCCUCACAUAUUUCUUCCUUUGGUUGGGACCACCGCGCUCCAUCCUCCCUUCGCGUCCACCGACGGAGGCCCUCGGCAGUUUCUUCCUCGCUUGUGGGGGGCUCAUGUUCAUGUUUAGCACGGAGGAGGUCACACUUGCUGCCAUGCGCAGGGGUCGUGAUGAUAUGAUGAUGUUCCUCAACGUUGCCGUCGCAAUUACUUGCUUCGUCUUUUGCUGGGCUAUGGGUGUGGUAUCCUUCAAGGGCUGGCUCAGGUCUCGAACUGCCCUUUCUUCCUACCAAAACCGAUCCUCGCCGUCCACCCCUUAA